AUGGGCCAUCAAGUCGCGAUCGCAAAGGCUUCAUUUACAGCUGCGCUGUUACGGCCUGAUCCCUCUUCAGUGCCUCGAGAUGAGAUAACCGCCGGUCAUAGCUCCCUCGAGAGUGCCCUUUCACAUUGCUCUCACGCAAACAUCCAGGAAUGCAAAAAAUGGCUCCUGGAAUAUGUGGCUUUCUCCGCUAAUAGGGUCGGGGGGUUGGCCAAAUAUCUGGUGGCUCUGGCUGCUUCCGAACCGUCACAGCCCAAUGGGACCAACCCCUCACCCAAGCGUCGACGUCUCCACAUACUCUACUUGCUUAAUGAUCUGCUGCACCAUAGCAAAUACCACUUAGGCACCAGCACAACCUUUUCCACAGUGAGCGGGUCCCUGCAGCUGCACAUUGUGGGAUUGGUUGGUCAUGCGGCAGCUUGUGAUCGUCAGAAGAAUCCACGGCACCAUCGGCGGCUAGAUGAUCUGCUUAGCAUAUGGUCCGAGCAUGGAUACUUUAAUUCCGAAUUUGUCGACAAGCUCCGGGAAGUGGUGGUCAACUCGGCCUCCACAGGGGCCGCCCCACUAUCCGACGAUGUCCCCAGCGCAAACGCCAAGAAGCCCGGAAAGAACGCACCUUUUGUCGUGCCAUCGGCUCAUGGAGACCCAUCGGCCCCUUACUACGAUAAUCCAACGGGAAACUUUGUCCCCCACAUCCUGCCCAAGUUGACGCUGUCCCUCCAACCCGGCUCUGUCAAACCGAUUCAGCUCUUGGGAGGUCCUGCGGAUGGCAAACUAGUGCAUGUCCUCCAGGACUUCUUCGGCCAAGUGAAACAAAUCAGUAGCAUGCCCGAGCCCAAGGAUCCUGAUGUGGACGUUGGCGGAUUGGGCCACUCAAUCAUUCGGGACGAGAUCUCCAAGGACAUCCUCGACGGUGAAACCUACUAUGGCUGGACCCGUGCUUUCUGCCAACAGAUGAAAAUCCCAGAGCGCUCUCGCAGUCCAAGUCGGAGUCGUAGUAGAAGCCCAGCUAACUUCAAGCGCCGCCAUAGCGAGAGCUAUAGUCCCGACUCAAGAUCCCCACACCGGUCACGAUCACGCGCGCGCGAUGUGCGUCGUCGCUAUGAUUCGCGAUCCAGGAGCCGAUCGCCAGUUCGCUCGCGCGAAAGCUCGUACACCCCUCGGGAGCCACAAUCUUCCCAUUUCCCUCCUCCCCACCAACAUCAAGCCCCACAAUAUCCCCCCGCACCCAAGCAGUUCCCCCCUCCCCAUAACCCAAAUGGUCAAGGACAUUAUGGUCGGCCCAUGCCUCAGUCUGGGUAUGCUCCCCCGCCUCAAAACUAUGGCUCUUGGCCUCCCCCACCCCCACAAAUGCCGGGCGCGCCUUUCUCUCAACCUGGACCAGGAGUUCAUCAAUCGGCGUUCCCACCUCAAUUCCAACAUCCGCCAAUGCCAUUGCCGCAGGUUCAAGGACACCCCAUGCCCCCUGGUCAGUACCACUUCCCUCCUCCCUACUCCGGGGGUCAGAAUAGUGGAUGGGGUCCCCCAACUGGGCCAGGUGGGCGACCAUGGCGAUGA